CUUCAAAAGAUCACCUUUUGCUCAAAAGUUCUCUAACAUCUCUAUAGCCUAACCCUAUUUUUCAAAACGUAACCAUAAACUAUAUAUAUUUUAAUAACAACGAUUCAUUUCCUCGCUGUUGCCAUGCGAUUUGUUCUAUGGUAUGUCUUCGUGCUCAGCUCCAUGACUGUAUUUCAAAAGGCCAAUGCCAAGUCAAGACUCACAGCAAAUUUGACAGACGACCCAUUGCAGGCCUAUACUGAGGUCGUCCAAAAUUUGAUUAAGAACUGGGAGUAUCCAGUUUUCUAUCUGAAAAAACGAGGUUUCCUGCCCAGAAACUACGAGGAUGCGUCAAGAAUCAAGCCUAGUCUGGACGCCCUGAUGCAACGAAUAAAAAGGGCCAAAAGGGAUCACACAGACACUAUGAAAGGAGGAUCCAAAGAAAUGUCAAAUGAUUACCCAAAUAAUCAACUUGGCUUUCAGAUGUCAACGAGCUCCAUGCUCUCCAGUUUGGAGCAGUUGAAAGUCAUCGAAGGCCAGGCAACGAAGGCGAAGUCCAAGGCCAAGUCAGGUGAGCAGGUGAAAGAGCUGCUGGCCAUGAAACGGCGAUUGGAAGAGUUGCAACAGGUAGCCACCGGUCAGGAUCAGCCAGGAUACCGUAGGCAGAUUAAGCUAACUCCAAUAGUCGAGGAUCCAGGGAAGUUAACACAAAGCUAUGACGAAAUACUGGAGCGAAUGAUUGAAAAGACGAGCCCAUACUACACACAGCACUCCAAUUCGCAUUUAGAAACCCAUCCAAAUCAAUUAGCUCCUCCAGGAGCAACCCAAAAAGUUGGUAAUGUGCAGAUGGCUCCCAAAGACGAUAAGCCGCUGACUUUAGGACAUAUCCAGUUGCAUGCGUAUACAGCGAACAGUGCUCCCCGAAAUUUAUUGCAUAAAUCCGCAGUUGAUCUGCCCACACUUAGAGCAGCGGAGACCCAGAGGAGCUCGACCAAAACGGAGGCAUCUAACGUCGAAUCGAAGUUGCGCGCGCCCACGUAUUUGAACUGGGACAUGGAAAACGGUCGACUGGAUAAUUACUCAAGCGUGGACAAGGAGGCCUAUUUGAACCAGUUGGUGAGAGUGUUCGGGCGAAAUAUGGAUUUCAAGGAGCCCACUCAAAAAGGAAAAGAGCCGACAGUUUCUUAGAACCUCGGUUCUCCUGCCCAACAGCGUGCACUCAUCUUCAUAAAAUGAUAUAAAAUAUACGAGGUCUGUCCAAUGAGUCAUUAUCCAUUUUGGAGUCCAUGCCCGUGCACAGUGAAUACAUCUAUACGUUUCCAUUUCCGAUUUCAUGCGGAUCGACAAUGGUGCUACGUCAUAUCAAUGGCAUCAGCAUGAUGAUUUGGAUUCGUCUGUUUACCUUGCGCAAGAAAGCAAAGAAAAGCAGG